CAGGUGCGCGCCAAGAUGUUGCUGGCCGUUAAUCAGAGUGUGAACAAUUCAAAGCGGCAACGCGCCGCGGAAGCGGAGGCGAAGGCGGAUGCGGCAACAGCGAGAGCAAAUAGCAACGCCUCCAGGGAGCUAACAGAUUCCACCACACAGCUGGUGGCCAAUAUGCUGCUGGAGGAGACAAACGCCGCAGGGAGUCCUGGCACGGGAACAAGUCGAAGCGCCAGCACGGACACGACAUCGCUCGCGACCAGGUGCCAGAGCUGCCAGCAUCAGCAGCGGUUGGUGCAUCAGCCGUGCAAAUGCGGCUGCAACUGCAUCAACAAGCUGGAGGGCAGCGGCGAGCUGGGCAGCUCCUUGGUGCUGGUCUAUAUUUAUUUGGGUGCGCUGACUCUAAUGCUGGCCACGUUGUCCAUACUUUUCUAUACGUAUAGCCAGGCGGGCGAGGAGUCGGCCACCGUGGCUAUGCUGGGUCAGAGUGCCUUUCGGAACAAGUUCCAAGAUGAACUGAUGCGUUCGGAGCAUGUACUGCGCGCCAUGGUUACGCAGAUCAUGGAAAGGGAUUAUCCGCAGGAGGCGAGUCCACUCCAGACACAUUACGGUCCAACAACGGCGCAGCCGAGCAGCGUUGUCCGGAACGAGCGCAAGCUGAACAACAACUUCCUGACCCAUUUGCCAAAUGGAAAGCGCGUCCGGAGAGACAUCGCCUCGUCGUCGCCGGCCUCCAUGCACGCAGAUCCGUUGAUCGAGUUCUUCAAUCCGAAUCAUCGUAAGGCCCUGGAGGAGCAGGACACGGAGAUACGCAAGCGCACGGGCUUGAAGGGCGCCGCACCGGGCGGCGAUGAUUGGAUCUAUUUGAAUACGUAUUGCCGUGUGCCGGAGAAGAUAAUUACCGGCUUUUGCAAGGGCACACAGGAUUAUUGCCCGCCAGCGCCGGCCGGGCCAAUGGGCCCGAUUGGACCCAAGGGACCAACCGGUAAUCCCGGCCUGCCGGGCAUUCCUGGUCCCAAGGGCAAUCGCGGCGAUGUCGGCUUGCCGGGCGCACCGGGCGUCGACGGUGUGGGCCAACAGGGCGCAACGGGUCCACGUGGCCCCAAGGGCGAUCCCGGCGCCGUCGGGCGUGCUGGCCUGGAUGGGCGAGACGGUGUGCCCGGUGAGCCGGGCCUCGAUGGGGUGCCGGGACGUGCGGGCGCCGAUGGCAAAAACGGGCUGCCAGGACGCGAUGGCAAGGAUGGCCUAAAUGGUAACGACGGCAAGGAUGGCAUGUCUAUAACAGGCCCCAAGGGUGCACAAGGUCCACCCGGUGAAAGAGGCCUAAAGGGCAUUGCUGGGCCACGCGGACGUCCUGGCAAGCCGGGCACUAAUGGCACACCCGGCGUGCCGGGCAUCAACACCUGGAAGAUGCAAUACCCCAAUGGCAGCGCCUCCAAUGAUCUGCUCAUACCACCCUCCAUAACAGAUCUGAAGGCGCCAAACUAUCGGCGCAACGUCAUCGUGGAGGAGGGCAAGACGCUCAACAUGAGCUGCUCGGCGACAGGCAAUCCCCAGCCGCAGGUGGAAUGGCGACGCGAAGAUGGACGCACCAUCAACGUGAAUGGCAUCGAGCUCAGCUCGAUCAGUGGCCAGUUCAUCAAGUUUACGAACAUCACGCGUCAUCAGAUGGCGGCCUAUACGUGCCAUGCGAACAAUGGCAUCGCGCCCGUUGCCAAUGCCACGUUCCUGGUGGAGGUGCACUUUGCGCCCAUGAUAUCUGUGUACCGGCAAAUGAUCUAUGCGGAGUACCAGAGUAGCGCAACACUGGAAUGCCAGGUGGAGGCCUUCCCGGAGGCCAUACGCUACUGGGAGCGCGCCUACGAUGGCAAGAUUCUCGAUCCAAGUGAUAAGUAUCGCAUUGAAUCAUAUCCAGACGGCUUCAAGACCUCCAUGCGCCUGACCAUAAGCAAUCUGCGCAAGGAUGACUUUGGCUACUAUCACUGUGUGGCACGCAAUGAGCUGAAUGCGACCAUGGUCAACUUUGAGAUAGCACCGCAGGAUCCGAAUAGUGAGACGCCCUAUGUGGGCAACAAUGUCAAGGUCUAUGGCCAGCGACCGCCCGAAAGUGAGUGCCCCGUUUGUGAUCAGUGUCCAGAUCCCAGCUUGUAUCAAUGCAAGGAUUCCAUACUCAACAACUUUGAGAUACAGCCCACGGGCAACCGCAGCUAUCCGGGUUUGCCCAAGCGUGCCAAGACCUGCUAUCUGUAUGCGGUGGGUAAGCCCGUGUUCCACAAGGUUGUCAAUGAGAAAUUUGGUUCGUGGCUGCGUGAUGCGGCGCCUAGAGAAGCGGAUCGGGAGAAGACGUUUGUGACCAACGAGAAUGAUGCCUACAAUCUGUUCGAGUUCUCCACGCGCAUACAAUACCGCAUGAACAGUGUGCCCAGGCACAAGUAUGAAAUAUCCGAGGGCUUUCAGGGCAAUGCGCAUGUGGUUUAUAAUGGUUCGUUCUACUAUCAGCAGAAGAAUUCCGAUUUGGUUGUCAAGCUAGACUUGACGACCUCCAAGAAGAUCAGCAUACAGCUGCCCUAUGCGGGAGUCGCUGCUGGCAAUCGGCUGUACGCAACGGAUUAUAAUUUCAUGGACUUUAAUGUGGAUGAGGUCGGUCUCUGGGUCAUAUACAGCACACACGACUCCAACAAUACGCUGGUAGCUAAGCUGGAUGCCGAGACCCUGAGAAUGCAAUACAAUUUCAAUAUAACACUCGAUCACAAGCAAUUUGGCGAAAUGUUCAUUGUCUGCGGCAAUUUGUAUGCCAUCGAUUCGGGCACCGAUAAAAAUACCCAAAUACGCUACGUGGUCGAUCUCUACAAAGGCAAACUGCUCAACGCAAAUCUUCCCUUCUCCAAUCCAUUCAGCUAUACGACUACAGUCGGCUACAAUCCCCUCACUGUGGAACUCUACUCUUGGGACAAGGGCAAUGCACUCACAUAUCCUAUACGCUACAAUGAGCAUCGUCUGGUUACCGAUAAUAUUUAAGUCAAGUGUUUCACAAAAUAAAUGCUAAAUUGUUCUUUUUUUUUUUACCACA